CCCAAAUACCGGAAAACGGAAGAGAUAGUCUGAGCGUCGUCAUCCAAGUGUGAUUACGAGUGUAGUAGCAUAAAACGAUAGGAUACAGUAGGAGGGCGCCUGCCAUAUUCCGAUUUCUGCCGUCCGUCGACCAUCGUUCGAUGUGUGUGUGUUUGUGUGCAGUUCGUACUACUCUUUUCAAGGCUGGGCGGGGAAGCUCUAAACAGCGCGCAACAAGUAGUGAUACCAGUCGAUGAAAAACGAUAUCUGAUAGUGGCUAGAGGAUACGCUCGGUGAAAUAGUGAGUAAGCAUAAAACGUGGAGUGUGAUUUUGUCCUGCGUUUGUUUGCUCGCUGGAAAGUGUCAAACGUUCACGGGUGAUUAAGUGAUAACAAUUUCGCGUGUAACGUGAUAAGUAGAUAGAGUAUAGAUAGUGGAUAAAGCGUUGGCUUGUGAGUGUGUAUUUCCGGGAAACUGGGACUGAUAGUAAUUUCGAGCGAAUUUCCUGGAAAACUACAACCGUUACUGGAAGAGAGGAUAGUCAAACCGUAUCGUGUUAACAGCAACGGGAAGGCGAGGAAUAAUCGACGAGAGCUAACUGCGGAGGCUGUUGAAGGAUAGCGCGACAGAAGGAAUCCACUCCAGUGCUGCUGUGAAUCUUGUUUCAUCUGAAAUCUCGUUCAACAAAUCGAGCAAAUAAAAUCCGCAAAGAUUGCUCUCACGGACACAAUGCCCGGAACCUGUCACAGGCUCCGCAUCCCGUCGCUUGUCAGCAGUCGGUCCUCCCGGGGAUCGAACGAUUGCGAACCGAUUGCACCGAAAAAGGAACGCCACCGGGUCGCAAUGAUGGGUGCGGCACGCGUCGGCAAAUCGUCUAUCAUUUCGCAAUUUCUGUACGAAAAGUAUCUUUCCCGGUACAAGCAAACCGUCGAGGAUAUGCACCGGGGCGAGUACGAACUUCCGGAUGGAUCCUGCCUGACACUAGACAUCCUCGAUACAUCCGGUUCGUAUCAAUUUCCGGCGAUGAGGGCCCUGUCCAUCAACACGAGUGGUGCGUUUAUUUUGGUCUACGCCGUGGAUGACGAAGAAACGUGGCAUGAGGUGGAGCGGCUGAAGAAUCAGAUCGUCGAAGUCCGUGGUAAGCGCGUUCCCAUAGUGAUCGUCGGUAACAAGGCCGACGUCCCGGAAGAAGUCCGGAAGAUUCCGCUGAAAAUAGCCCAAGCCAAAGCGACACUCGAGUGGAGUUGUGGAUAUGCCGAGUGUUCGGCCAAAAACAACGACGGCAUACUGACCGUCUUCAAGCAACUGCUCCGGCAGGCCAACAUCGAGUACAACCUCAGUCCGGCUGUGCGGCGCCGGAGGAAAUCCCUCCCCAGCUACACCACGCCGAACCAGAACAGGACGCUCUCGGCCCGGUACUACCUGAAACGACAUUCGUGUGCAAUCCAGUGAACGAUUUUCAAGCACUGAAAUCCGACCGACUUUUAAAAAGAAAUAAAUAACGGUCUUCUUCCUCGAAUGGAAUUGCGUAGGAGGGUGAUUCUAAAUACAAACGAAAUCAAUAAAUGAACAAAAUGUACACCUAAUCAAUAGGGAUCGAAUCCAAAGUGGCUAAAUUAUGAACCGAAACGACGAUACAAGUUUGCCUGAAGUGAGGAUAUAGAAGGAGGACGAAUUAAAUUUAGCGAUAAACUGUUGACAGAAUGAGCGCACUUUUUGACACGUACUCUUAUAGGUGUUUUGGAUGUUAAUGAAAUGUUUGAUAAGUUUUAUUUUAAUAAGAAUGAAGUCGAAUUUAUUGAUGAGUGGUUUUAUAUAACUGGCGAAAUCAGCUGAGCUGUAAGCUUUUUGAAUGGCAUAACAAAAUGAGUGGAACCAAAAGGUUGAUUUUUUUUUUCAUUUUACAAGAAAAAUAAAACAAGUGGUUAGGAAAAUAUUAAACAUUUGGCAGUACUCUUAAUUAUGUGUGUGUAUAAUGACAGUAACUACAAGAUUAAAACAAUGAAAAAUAAAUACGCCACAAUUUUUA